UCCCAGGGAAACCAUGUGAGUGGGAAGCUGAUGGAAGAAAGCAUGGCAGACCAGAGAGUGCUUUAAUUCCAUCUCAGUUCAAUGAGGAGGACUUGAAGACUCUGGCGGCUUCUCUGCAGCCUGUUGCAGAUAUGGAGUUCAAUGCUACUUCAUCGGAUAUGAAAGAAAACCAGGAGAAAUCUCACCAAGCUACCGUGGAGCUUCUUCAAGACAGCAGAAGCUUUACUUCUGAUUUUGAAGAUUUUGAAUACCAAGGAAAUACAUAUUCCAUUCCUGGACUCUAUGAGAAAGAACCUCUGGCUAUCCUUCAAUCUUGCUCACCAGCCUCUUCUGAAUCUAGCAUUGACAUCUGCUUCUUGCGACCUGUGAACUUCACAAAGGAACCAGAGAAGGCACAGCGCACUUUGCAAUUGCUUCCCAAGAGCAGUGAUCUAGAGCACGUUGGCAGCAGCACCUCCAAGCGUGAGGCUUUUCGGAGCAAGGGCAAACAACUGAGUCAAUCCUUGAAGGAGUUUCCCCGGAGUGGGUCUGAAGGCAUCAGCACAAGGCUAUAUAGCACAAGGAGCAGCAGUGGGAAUCGGCUGUCCAACUUGCAGGAGAGAGGCUUCCAGCCCCAUGAGGCCUCUGCCACCUCCAGGAGCUCCCACUGGAACUACUUUCCUCCACAGCGAGGAGUGGGUGAAAAGCAAAGCUUUGUAGAAGUAAGGAGAGCAAAAGGCCAGGGCAAACCCACUUCCCACCAGGGUCUGAGAAACACGCUCUUCUAAGGAUUUGCUGCUUUAAGAUUGAUCUUACAGUCUGCUACAAACAUCAGCCAUGCCUUGACAAAUUCAUUUGCCUUAGCUUAGAUGCUC